CCGCCAGGCAGAAGCCGCUGAUAAAUGUUGCAGCAGACAUGAGUUGGGGAAACAGAUUCUUCCUUGUUUCACUCUUUCUUGGAAUUGUCCUCAGUCGCCUCGGCCAGUGCAAUCAAGUUGUGCUGCUGGAUACAACGUCGGUGCUUGGAGAGCUGGGAUGGAAGACAUAUCCUAUAAAUGGGUGGGAUGCAAUCACGGAGAUGGACGAGCACAACAGACCCAUCCAUACUUUCCAGGUUUGCAAUGUGAUGGAACCCAACCAGAACAACUGGCUUCGCUCCAACUGGAUCUCCAGACAGGCAGCGCAAAAGAUCUACGUAGAGCUCCGCUUCACCUUACGUGACUGCAAUUCCAUCCCAUGGGUGUCUGGCACCUGCAAAGAGACCUUCAACCUCUUCUACCAUGAGACUAACGAAGCUCAUGGUGUCAAAUUUAGGCCCACACAGUACACUAAGAUCGACACCAUCGCUGCUGAUGAGAGCUUCACUCAGAUGGACCUUGGCGAUCGCAUUCUCAAACUCAACACAGAAGUGCGCGAAGUGGGACCAAUGACAAGGGAUGGCUUUUAUUUGGCAUUUCAAGACAUCGGUGCCUGCAUUGCUUUGGUUUCAGUUAGGGUUUAUUACAAGAAAUGUCCAUUUACUUUGAGAAACCUGGCCUCGUUUCCAGACACUGUGCCUCGUGUGGACUCUUCCUCAUUGGUGGAAGUGAGAGGUGCAUGCAUUGACCAUGCUGAAGAAAGAGACACACCCAAAUUGUUUUGUGGAGCUGAUGGAGAUUGGUUGGUUCCUCUGGGAAGAUGCGUUUGCAGUCUUGGGUAUGAGGAGACUGAUGGCUCAUGUAUUGCGUGCCACCCGGGCUACUACAAGGCAUAUGCUGGAAACAUCAAGUGUUUAAAGUGCCCUCCGCACAGUUUCAGCUACGCAGAAGGUGCUUCUGUCUGCCGCUGUGAGAAGGGCUUCUUCAGGGCUGAAAAAGAUCCUCCAACCAUGGCUUGUACACGCCCUCCAUCGCCUCCCCGUAAUUUAAUGUUUACCGUGAACGACACCUCUCUCAUGCUGGAAUGGUCCCCUCCCAGUGACACCGGGGGCCGCCGGGACCUCACGUACAACGUUCAAUGCAAACGUUGCAGCAGCCCCCCCAACCAGUGCCGGCUAUGUGAGGAGGACGUUCGUUUCCUGCCCCGGCCACUGGGCCUCACCAACGCCACAGUCACGGUCACGGACUUCUCAGCACACUCCAACUACACCUUUGAGAUCGAAUCGCUGAAUGGAGUGUCAGACGUUAGCCCCUUCCCUCGGCAGGUGGCCAUCAUCACCAUCAACACUGAUCAGGGUGGUCCAUCUCUGGUGGGAGCUUUAAAGAAGGACUGGGCUUCUCCGAACAGCAUCGCUCUCUCCUGGCAGCAACCUGAAGAGACAACGCUUCCAAUCCUCGACUAUGAAGUCAAAUAUUAUGAGAAGGAACAUGAGCAGUUAAGUUACUCAUCAACACGCACCAAGGCGCCCAGUGUGAUUGUUUCUGGUUUAAAUCCAGCAACCCGGUACGUCUUCAGCGUACGCACUCGCACAGCAAGUGGAUACAGCUCCUACUCUCCAAAAUAUGAAUUUCAAACUACAGGAGACUCUUCAGACAUUGCUUCUGAUCAAGGCCAGGUGUUGGUCAUCGUCACAGCAGCGGUUGGUGGCUUUACCCUCCUCGUCAUCCUCAGCCUCUUCCUCCUCAUCACUGGAAGGUGUCAGUGGUACUUCAAGGCCAAGAUGAACUCGGAGGACAAAAGACGGACGAGUUACCAGAAUGGACACGUCCCGUUCCCAGGGAUAAAGACGUAUGUGGACCCUGACACGUAUGAGGACCCCACGCAGGCCGUCCACGAGUUCACCAAGGAAAUUGACCCAUCCAGGAUCCGUAUUGAGAGAGUGAUCGGAGCCGGUGAAUUUGGUGAGGUGUGCAGCGGUCGCCUGAGAACACCGGGGAAAAAGGAGAUUGCUGUGGCAAUAAAAACACUGAAAGGAGGCUAUGUGGAGCGCCAGCGCCGGGACUUCUUGCGCGAGGCGUCUAUUAUGGGCCAGUUUGAUCACCCCAACAUUAUCAGGCUGGAGGGAGUCGUUACAAAAAGCAGGCCUGUGAUGAUCGUUGUGGAGUACAUGGAAAACGGAUCACUGGACUCCUUUCUGAGACAACACGAUGGUCACUUCACUGUCAUCCAGCUGGUUGGGAUGCUGCGGGGCAUCGCCUCGGGCAUGAAGUAUCUGUCAGACAUGGGCUACGUUCACCGAGACCUGGCAGCUCGCAACAUUCUGGUCAACAGCAAUCUGGUGUGUAAGGUUUCAGACUUCGGCCUGUCCCGAGUGCUGGAGGACGACCCGGAGGCUGCUUACACCACAACGGGUGGUAAGAUCCCAAUCCGAUGGACAGCUCCUGAAGCCAUUGCUUACAGGAAAUUUUCUUCUGCGAGUGACGCUUGGAGCUACGGCAUAGUCAUGUGGGAGGUGAUGUCAUACGGAGAACGACCAUACUGGGAGAUGUCCAAUCAGGAUGUGAUUCUGUCCAUUGAGGAGGGUUAUCGGCUGCCGGCACCGAUGGGCUGCCCCGUGGCGCUGCACCAACUGAUGCUGCACUGUUGGCAGAAGGAGAGGAAUCAUCGACCCAAAUUCACAGAUGUCGUUUCCUUCUUGGAUAAACUAAUUCGAAACCCCAGCAGCCUGCUGCCCCUGGUAGAGGAUCUCCAGAGCCUACCAGAAUCUCCGGGGGAGGAGAUAGACUACCCAAUGUUCAUCUCUGUCGGUGAAUGGCUGGACUCCAUCAACAUGAGUCAGUACAAAAGCAAUUUCAUGGCAGCAGGUUUCAACACGUUGGAUUCCGUGGCGAGGAUGAAUAUUGAAGAUGUGAGGCGUACCGGUGUAGAGCUGAUUGGCCACCAGAGGCGAAUCGUCAGCAGCGCACAGACCCUUCACCUUCAGCUACUGCACGAACAAGAGAAGGGUUUCCAUGUAUGAGGACGACCUUUAACACAGCCUGGGAUGGACAGGUAGACGGAGCAGAUGGAAGUGAAGUGUAACCCACAUGACGACAGCUACAGCUUGUGCCUGAGUCUGACGCCUCAUGCUGGAGGUCACGGGACAGACUCCUCCGUGGUCUCCACACAUCCCAGAAGACUUUUUCUACUCAACACUCCUCACACCGUAUGCCUGGUUCUACCAGACUCCUACAGCCUGAUAGACUUUUACAGAGUGGCGCUGGACCUCACUUAUAGGGGAAUGUAAUGCCUUGUUGCAGCUGAACUUUGUGUGUGGAGCAACAAUACCUAGAAAUGAAGAUUUACAACUGUAAACUACUGAAUCUUUGGACUUUUUUUUCCUUCUUCUUGCUCCAAGUUAUGUGCUCAUGUAGCUGCUAUAGGGUGUGCAAUUGAUUCGUUUCGUCCUUUAAAAUGAAAAAUAUUGAAAAUAUUUUUAUUUUCAGAGUUAAAACGUUUAUUAUGAUAGUUUAUUUGGAUUGCUUCAGUUGCCCGCUCUCCAGAGAAUAUGAUACAUACGACAUACUUGAGGAAGGAAGUGAAGCAAGUUAGGGGAUUUUACUGAAUGUUUAAGUGUAUAGACAAUUAAUAAUUACUGUUAUAACCUAAUAUCAAUAUAUGUGCAGUCCUGUAUGUGAACGCCCUAGUAAAUCUGGAUCUUAUUUAGAUAUUUUAUUAAGGUUUUUAUCAAAAUUAGCAAUACAGUAUUAUGCAGUCACCUCAGUAUCUCAGAAACAGACGUAAGGAAUUGUGCAAAGAGAGACUUCCGCUGAUUCUUUGUGUCGAUUCCAGGAGGUUCAGAUGAGUCUCCAUCCAAGUCUGAGCGUUCUUGGUUGUGAUGUACUCACAGUUGUGGAAUAAGCCUUUUUUGUUUGUUUGUUUUAUUGGUUUUCUUUUGGUUGAUUGUGAAUGUCAAACUUUGCCUGAAAACAGUCCACGAUCUCCACUGUCGUAAAAUAUGAAUGUUCACAGACAUAGAUAGAAGAUGUUUUACAUUAUUUGGAGAUGUAGGAAAGACUUGUAUGGUUAUUUGUGUCACAUGAUUUGUUUUUUGCCUGGACACACACUCUCGCACACGCACACACAAGCACACCGGCUCACAGAAUGCAGGCAGUGGUUUUCAUAUUUGUUUCGUAAUUUUGGAGGAGAAUAGUUGGCAGACUCUCAGAUAGAUUUGACAUCAUCUUGUGCAUACAUGGUGUUUGUGGCGGCAUGAGGGACCAGUGUACAAAUGUACAGCCUGAAAUGAAUGCUAUUCUGAUCUGCAGUUUGUUGCGAUGUUCGGUGUUGGCGAUUCAGAGCCAGACUUUCCUCAGUGGUAAAUACGCAGUAGAGCAGAAAAUGUGUAUUAGUUAGGAGAGUUUUACGCAACAAAAGUAACUUGAGAGCUGGUAAAAGAAGACGGCCGUAGUUCUGUAGUUUGUGUCGUCAGAAGUGGAAGGUGGGAAACGCUAUAAACAGCAGAAUCAUAACUCAUCACCUGUCGUUUUUACCAUCAGCAGUAAUAUGAACACAUGCACAAGCACACGCAAAAUGCCUUACAGACCGAUAACCAUGCAAGACAUAAACACUUUAAAGUUAUUUAUAAGUUUCAGUGCAGUCACGGGACAUAGCCAUUAGUUUGAACUGUUUGAGAGUAAAAAAAAACCAACAACCUGAAGAUACAGCUGUAGUUUUUAUCACAAACUGGAGCUCACUGAUUAAUUUCAACCAGAUCUGGAGAUCUGUGCCUUCCAGUCACAGCGUAGUCAUGCAGCCAGGCCUUGGAGAGUGGGAGAGGUGCACGCACACACCCCAACGCACACACACCUGCACACACGCUCCCACCACCACCCUCUACAAGAUACUGAGAUUAUCAGAUGCUGUUUGUUUAGCAUGUUCUACUGCUGAGCAAUGUUAGAACAUUGUUUUGUACAAAGUACAAGUAUACUUAUAAUUCUUGUAUUUUAUUUUUCUAUGAUUUCCAAAGAGAUGUUGUAGAUCUUGCACACUGUAAGAGGCAGUUACAGCGAAUAUUUAUUUGCAAAUAAAGACGAAAAGUUC